GGUGGCAGUCUGUGACCGGCAGCGGCAGUGGCGGUAACAGCGGCAGUGUGCACUGUGCAGCGUGUGUGGAGUGCAGUGAUCGGUCUGCACGAAUUGGUCGGUGAACGGAAGAGCGAGCUGACCGUCAGAGGUGCGGGCUCUACGUGCUCUCCUCCAAAAUCUCAGAGUGCGAUGUGCGCGCGGCGGCCGGCGCUGGCGGAGCUGCUGGUGCUGCUCACCCUGCUCGUCUCGGCGGCCCGGUGCCGCCCUCAGUCCGGUGACGGUGCCGACUCCCCCGCCGUCCACCCGGGCGGCUACCACAGCACGCUGCUGCAGUACCUCUCGGGGCUGCAGCAGGCCGUCCGGCCACCCGCCCUCACUGAGCCGACCACCGCUCGGCCGCGGGCCGGCCCGUCCCCGCGGCCUCCGCAGGGGCCGCCCCGGGCACCCCAGCUGCCGCCCAAGCGGCUCACCCCGCCGGCGGUGCAGUCCAGCUUCCAGCAGGGCCAGUUUCAGCAGGUGCAGCCUUCGUUUGCUCAGCCGGCGUCACAGCAGACGUUCCAAGCAAAUCAGCAGCGCUUCCAGCAAACUCGGCCGAACACUCAGCAGACAUUUCAGCAAAGUCAGCCGGCCUUCCAACAAAGUCAGCCGGCCUUCAAACAAAGUCAGCCGACGUUCCAGCAAAGUCAGCCAGCGUUUCAGCAAAGUCAGCCAGUAUUUCAGCAAAGUCAAACGUUCCAGCAGAACCAACAAACUUCUCAACGAAAUCAGCAAGGAUUCCAGCAGAACCAACAAAGAUUCCCACAAAAUCAGCAGUCGUCCUUCUUCGCGCAGCCAACUCAGCAGUUUCAGCGACCAACUCAGCAGUUCCAGCAGCCAGCCCAACAGUUCCAGCAGCCAGCUCAGCAGUUCCGGCGGUCAUCACAGCAGUUUCAGCAGCCGACCCGGCAGAGUGCACCGGGCACUCGACCCAGUAACAUUUUCCUUUCCCAAGGGAGCCGACCGUUCCCUAACAACGUCUUCCUGCAGGGUAGGUAGCGGCCUGGAUUUAAUGCAUUUCAGCAUGCAGUAGACGGUUAGGGUGUUAACUCGUAUGUUUAGUACCUACACACUACGAGAAGUGAUAUUUUGUGCAUGGCCGUGGCGUCGUGACGAACUCUUAUGUGACGAAGUGUAGUCGUGCUUUAUCGUUUGCUUUGUUUUGUUUACAUCGUAUGAAGUUAUCCGUGUGAUCUUUAUUCGUAGCAUUUUAACAUCACACUCAAUACUAACCAAGUCGUGAAUAAAAUGCAUCUUGGCAGUAACAUUAUGCGUAAUUUGACUGCACAUCGGUUCGACUGUAACGAGUGACGUGCAUGCUUUUCAGGGCCUCACUAUAAGUGUGUAAACGAUAAUGCCUUUUGUAUGUUUUUCUUCAUCGAAUAGUUCCUGUCUGGGAAAUAUGCCUUCACCGUUUGCAUUAUUUGAUGAAUUUGUAUGCAGCCUGUGUGCUGGUUUCCUGACAAUGUGCAGGGCCAGGCUAUGACAGAUUGAUAGGUGUAUGGCGAGGAACAUCAGCUGGUAUGACGUGUAUCAUGUUUUAAGCAUCUGCAGUUGGCGAUUUAUGUCGUGCAUUAUUCAUAUCGUAUAAUUUGCAUCCUUUGUUUCCUCUCGUUGCACUGUGCAGCGCGCAUCAUAUGUAUAGUUGUGGUUUGGGCAUCUGCCAGCACUGUAGGGAUGUAUAUGUUUGUGCACAUGUCGUUGUUUCCAUCCGUCAGUCGCUAUCAGUUGUCUGACAACUGAAACUACAGAUUUGUCGGAAAAUACAAGGCCACGUAUAUGUAGACAA